GGCGUUAAGUCAAUGCAGGGAUCCUUUCUUGCCGUCGAUUCUUCGCAUCGGUUGUCCGCAAUGGCAGCGAACAACUAUUUCGGUUUCGCCGCAGGAAAUGCACAGUAUGGUGCUGCCGGCACCUACCCAGCCGCCGCCAGCCAGACAGGCUACACCAUGCAGCACGCUGCUGCAGCGGCAGCCACUCCCCAGCAGUUUGGUGCACGUGCAGCUCCCACGUACAGUGCCUACGACACCCACAAUGCGGCUGCAGCCGCAGCUGCAACUGCAGCCGCCGCUGCCUUUCACUAUGCCCCAAGGCAGCAGGCAACAUAUGAGAAGAGCAGCCAGGGGGGCUACUACGGCCAGGGCCAAGUGAGCACGGCGUACGGCAACGCGGCUGCCACCACUGGCGCAGCCGAGAGCGUGAGCUCUAGCUACGCGGCCCAACCAACAGCCAAGAGCAGCUUUGCCUCGGCCUACAGGGCACCUCCCUCGGGUCCCAAGAGCAACGCUGGCCAAGCACCACAGCAGCAGCAGCAAGGCAGCGGGGGCAGCGGUGCAUCUGCUGCCACGUAUCUCUAUUCUUCUGGCUACUCGAGUUCCUACGGAGGCGUGCAAAACUCUGGCUAUCAUGGAAACCAGAACAGCAGUGGGGGUGGUGGUGGUGGUGGAGCCAAAAUGUCGUGGAACAGCGGCAAUGUCGGCACUGGUGGUGGGGCUGGCGGUGGGGGGGGUGGUGGUGCCAUGGGCUCUGGAGGCCCCGGACCCUACAAGCGGCCCGGUCCCUUCCAGAACAAAAUCAACAAGCCCAAGCCGCCGCCAAAGCCCCCGCAGUUGCACUACUGUGAGGUGUGCAAGAUAUCUUGUGCGGGCCCCCAGACCUACAAGGAGCACUUGGAAGGUCAGAAGCACAAGAAGAAAGAGGCAGCGCUCAAGAGCAAUGGGACGGCAGGAACACCGCCACUGCCUCGGGGAGGCACAGCCCUACGUUGCGAGCUCUGUGAUGUGACAUGCACUGGCUCGGAUGCCUAUGCCGCUCACAUUCGGGGUGCCAAGCACCAAAAGGUGGUGAAGCUGCACACAAAGUUGGGCAAGCCGAUUCCUUCAACAGAGCCUGUUGUGAUAGCCGCGACAGGUACCACCACCACAACAAAACCAUCUACGACAGCCACUACCACCACCACUGCUUCAUCACAGGGUGCUGCGGACAGCGCUGCAAAGGCAGCUGUGGAAUCUGAAAGGGCAGCUGCAGUGGAGGAGAGUUCUCUAGAUGCUCUCAAGGACGACAAGGGCGCAGAGCCUGUUGGUCAGGACUACAUUGAGGAGAUGCGCAAUGACGAAGGCAAGGUGAUCAGCUUCCAGUGCAAGUUGUGCGAGUGCCGUUUCAAUGACCCCAAUGCCAAGGAAAUGCACAUGAAAGGUCGUCGGCAUCGCCUCCAAUACAAGAAAAAAGUGAACCCUGACCUUGUUGUCGACAUAAAGCCAAGCCUUCGUCAGCGGAAGUUGCAAGAGGAGCGCUUUCGACGACAACUGAAGGAGGACUUCUGGAAACAUGAGGAGGAUCGGUGGAGAGCAGAGAUGAGGAUGGUGGAAGAGGAGGAGCGGCUGUACUGGGAGGAGCGGCGGCGCUAUGAAGACGAAAUGGACCGCUGCCGUUUCUUUGGUCGAGGCCCAGGACCCAUGGGGCCCAUGCCACCGUGGGGACCGCCCAUGAUGGGGCCCCCAGGACCCAUGCCAAUGCCUCGCCGCCCAGACUCUGUGGAUGAUCGCCACGUGAUGGCUAAGCACUCCAUGAUCUACCCCAAGGAGGAGGACCUCGGACAGGUUCAACGCAUGGUCACAAACACAGAGAAGGCUCUGAAGUUGGUUUCAGACUCCCUUGCCGAGGCAGCUGAGCCGAAGCCUGAGGCCGAAAAGCCAGCUGAUGAUGCCAAGAAGACCGAAGAAGGGAAGAAGGAAGAGCAACCGCAGCGCCUGCUGAAAGGUGUCAUGCGUGUCGGCGUGUUGGCCAAGGGCCUUUUGCUGGCAGGGGACCUGACUGUGGGCCUGGUAGUCAUGUGCUCCGAGAAGCCUGGCCGCACUCUGCUUGCACGCGUGGCUGCUUUGCUGCCCAAGCAUCUUGCUACCGUUUCCCCUGAUGACAAGUAUGAGGUGCGUGCCAGCCCUCAGGACGCCGCUGUGUCGGUGACAAACAAUUCUGAUACCAAGGUUACAGUUUGGGUAACCCUCACAUCGCCUGUUGUGCGGGAUGGAGAAGCCAGUAACGCCAGUGUAAAAGACCCGCCGGAUGUUCUGGACAGGCAGAAAUGCCUGGAUGCUCUAGCCGCCUUGCGCCAUGCCAAGUGGUUCCAGGCUAGGGCAAGUGGUCUGCAGUCAUGUGUCAUGGUCAUCCGAAUCCUGAGGGACCUCUGUAACCGUGUGCCCACAUGGAGCACUCUCAACUCUUGGGCCCUAGAGCUUCUGGUGGAGAAAGUACUGAGCACUGCCAGCCAGCCAUUGGCACCCGGUGAUGCGCUACGACGUGUCCUGGAAGCUGUGGCCGGCGGCAUUCUGCUACCUGGGAGCCCUGGAUUGGUGGACCCCUGCGAACGAGAGCCCGUGGACGCCCUGGCUGGGCUCACUGACCAAGCCCGAGAGGACAUAACUGCUAGUGCACAGCAUGCCCUGCGCCUGGUAGCCUUCCGCCAGAUUCACAAAGUUCUGGGCAUGGAUCCCCUUCCGCCACCCAAGUUUGCCCGAAACCUGCUGAACCGCAAGCGCAGGCGUGAUGGCGAAGCUGCUGACCAUGAAGGUGAGCCCCUCCACAAAAUGUUGGUCUAUUGCAUACCUGCCAACUCUCCCGAAUUGUCCAGGAGCCUCCCGAAUUGUUCUCACAUCUCCCGAUUGUACGGACGCGGCCUCAAAUCUCCCGAAAAAUAGCCGCCACAGCACCGA